CGUGUCUCGGAGCUUUAAGGUUGGCAAAGCAGCUUCUUGGCCCUUUCUUCCUUUUCGAUGGGUUCCGUCGAAGAGCUCGUCAAGGAGCUAGAAGCGUUCGCAGCUUCCACGACGGCGGGCGCAGGAUUGCAAGACAACCCGUCACUGCCUCCUCUGCAUGAACAGAAAGAGGCAGCACAGCAAGUAGCAGAGGAGCUUAUCGCUCUCCAGUCCAUCUUUGGCGAGGAUAACGUGCAGCUGCUUCAACUUCGACGACCAACCGAUGCAAUAGCCCAUUCGAGACCACAGAAACCAGCCUCAGAUACCGAAACCAGCGAGAGCUGGGAUCCCGAAGUGACCAUCAGAUUGUGCAUUGCCUUUCAAAUUGAUGCCGAGAUACCAGACAGCGACGAGCCCCCAUUGGUGCGUCUGUCGGCUACUCUCCCGCCCUCUUACCCGAUAGACGAGCACGCACCCCAGCUGCAGCUUCUCAAUCGCUACAUCGGUGCACAUGGCGUUGAUCACAGCCUAUUUGGCUGUGUUCUCCGCGUAUUCAUGGAGGGAGCGGGGGCCGACGAUAGUCGUCAAGGUCUUUGGCAGCCGGGGAACGUCGCUCUUUUUGAUGGCAUAGAGAAAGUGAGGGAACUCGUGCAGUCAUGGUACGAAGAACGAGAGGGCGAGAGGGUAGCGAGACGCCUGGCAGACGAUUCGCAUCGCUCGCAAUCCAUCACCUCGUUUGAUCCAGACGAUAAGCGAGAGGAUGAAGCUGACAGCGCUAUGGAUGUGGGGACAGGCGAGCCAGAGCGACAGAAGUUCGAGAUCAUAAGCUCGCCUCCAAUCGCCGAGCGCAAAAGCGUCUUUGUCGGUCAUGUAGCGAGAAUAAAAGACUCCUCGCAGGUGCCGCUCAUCAUUGAGCAGCUCCUUCAAGAUCGCAAAAUUGCCCGUGCGACGCAUCCGGUCAUUCACGCAUGGGUAUGCAAGCCAGACGGCGGCGGGACCGUCCACCGCGACUGCGACGACGACGGCGAAACGGCAGCAGGAGGGCGGCUUGCUCAUUUACUCGAUCUGCUCCAUCUCGAAAAUGUCGUCGUUGUGGUGACGAGAUGGUACGGCGGAGUGCAAUUAGGCGCCGACCGUUUCAAGCUCAUCAACCGAGCCGCUAGAGACGCGCUCGAGGUUGCGCGCCUCGUCGAUGGCCCUCUCAAUCCGAGCGAAGAGGCCCAAAGGGGCAUUUCAAAGAAGCAGCAGACGAGCAGACGAUGAUCCAUGACAUGUUGUCUAUUGUAAUAAUACCAUUUUAUCGAGCAAUGCAGUCUUGUUGAGAC